AUGUGCUUUUUCUUCUUCUCUGCUCCUGCUGUAAGAUACCUGAAGCCCGACAUACAGAAGAAAUCCAAGCACAAAACAGCUGUGAUGAAAAAAACCCUCAACCCUGAAUUCAAAGAGGAGUUUUUCUACGAGAUCUCGCUGUCUGAGCUCUCCAACAAGUCGCUGGAGGUGACGGUGUGGGACUACGACCUGGGACGCUCCAACGACUUCAUAGGUGGGGUGUGUCUGAGCGGACACUCGCAGGGCGACGGCCUCCGUCACUGGACCGACUGCCUGAAGAGCCCGGGCCGGAGGGUGGAGCGCUGGCACAUCCUGAGCAACGAGCUGCCCCGCACCCUCAGCCACGACUAACAUGGGGGGGGGACAUGCUCUGCAGCAGCUUCACCACGGGAAGCCGCUGGAAAUUAGAGGAAGUGAUGGUGUGCCUUCAUUAGUGAGAAGAAGCUCCAUAAACAUCAGCAGCAGAUAUCACAGGAUCAGACACUGACGCACACAUUCAGAGAAACCACAGCUGCAGAAAUUCGAAUGCAUGUUUUGUUUAAGAAAAAGCUUUGAUUGAACUUUACAUUACAUUUCAUUGAGCCAACGCUUUUUUCCAAAGCGACUUCAUAUAAAUGCAACCAAACAUGAAGAUACAAACCUAGAACAGCAAGAAUCCUGCAACAUUAGCUUCAAAUGAGCCAAACCGUUUUAACAAGUACACUUCUUUUAUUAUAGUCCUUAUGUUCAUGGUGUAUUCAGCGUAUUUGUGUAGACUGACCCGAAAGUUGGCAUUGCAAAGGGUUCCCUAGACAGAGCAAUCGGAUUUUCCCAUCGGAUAUUGGUAUAUUGCUGAAAAUAAGUUGUGGGGCAAACACACAUUCAUGAUAGCCUACUUAACACGUUUUGUUUAGCAUGGAAAUCUCCACAUUAACACCACUUUGUGAUUUUCGAAGCAUAAAUGCAAUCGGCAGAAGUAAAAAGCUAACGCUAGGCUGUUAACGAACAUUACUGCUUGAGUAGGCUGAUUACUGAUGUAUUUUAUGUCGUAGAACAAAUCAUGAAAAACUCUUGUUUUAACCACAGACCUUAUUUCAGGCAUAUAACCACAAACACGUUAAAAUAACCGUUUACUCCAAGACAAGGGAACCAGUGGUAAAAUGAUAUGUCUUCUCUGGGUUUGAGGACUCGUUUCUGCACCAUUCUAUAGCACCCAGACCUUAUCAAAUCUGGUCAUUCAUUCUGCAAGUAAUCUGCCAACUAACUGGGAACAACAGUUAUUAAAUACAAGUGGUGGAGUAUAAAGUAGCAGACAAUUUAGAAUGUGUACUUAGGUACGGUACUUCUGUACAUUUACACCAGUUAAAAGAAGCAAUAGGCUACUUUGUUGUAAAAAUACUCUGUUAAAAGUUAACAUCCUACAUUCAUAAUCUUACUAAAGUAAAAGUACUUGACUUCAAAAAAUAUUAAAGCACAACCAUGUUUUUAGAAGAACAUGAAAAUGUUUUCCAACUGACUCCUUUUUUAAAUUGAACACUGUGAAAUAUAUACAUGAUCUGUAUAAUG